AGCAGCCAAUCAGAGCAAAGCUCCGGCGCCGUAUAAAAACAGGCAAAGCCGCUUAUUUCUGGAGACCAUAAUCAGCGUCGGUGUGCUUGUUUGUGGACUAAAGGAAGCGUUGUUUUCAUUUUCCCCCAAAGAAAGUAGACUAAAAGCGCAGAGCAGCCAUGCCUUUCGGCAACACCCACAACAAGAUGAAGAUGAACUACACGGCUGAGCAGGAGUACCCCGACCUCAGCCAGCACAACAACCACAUGGCCAAGGUGCUUACCCCGGAGAUGUACGCAAACCUGCGGGACAAGGAAACCUCCAGCGGCUUCACACUGGACGACGUCAUCCAAACCGGGGUUGAUAACCCAGGCCAUCCAUUCAUCAUGACUGUGGGCUGUGUUGCUGGUGAUGAGGAGACAUAUGAGGUGUUUAAAGAUCUUCUGGACCCAGUCAUCGAAGACCGCCAUGGAGGCUACAAGCCCACAGACAAGCACAAGACCGACCUGAACCCAGACAACCUUCAGGGUGGAGAUGACCUUGAUCCCAACUAUGUGUUGAGCUCCAGAGUAAGAACUGGCAGGAGCAUUCGUGGCUUCUCCCUGCCCCCUCACUGCAGCCGUGGUGAGAGGCGUGCCAUUGAAAAUCUGGCUGUUGAAGGUUUGAGUAGUCUCGACGGUGAAUUUAAAGGAAAAUACUAUGCCCUGAAGAACAUGACAGAGGAGGAGCAGCAGCAGCUGAUUGAUGAUCACUUCCUGUUUGACAAGCCAGUGUCCCCACUGCUGUUGGCCUCUGGGAUGGCUCGUGAUUGGCCCGAUGCCAGGGGGAUCUGGCACAAUGAUGACAAGACCUUCCUGGUCUGGGUGAAUGAAGAAGACCACCUCCGUGUCAUCUCCAUGCAGAAGGGUGGCAACAUGAAGGAAGUCUUUACUCGUUUCUGCACAGGGCUCACAAAGAUUGAAUCUCUCUUCAAAGAGAAGGACCAUGAAUUCAUGUGGAGUGAGCACCUGGGCUACAUACUCACCUGCCCUUCUAACCUGGGGACAGGGCUGCGUGGUGGUGUCCACGUUAAGCUUCCAAACCUGAGCAAACAUGAGAAGUUUGGCGAGAUCCUCAAGAAGCUGAGGCUUCAGAAACGUGGAACAGGUGGAGUAGACACUGCUGCAGUGGGUGGCAUCUUUGACAUCUCCAAUGCUGACCGGCUGGGCUUCUCUGAGGUGGAGCUGGUACAGAUGGUUGUAGAUGGUGUCAAGCUUCUCAUCGAAAUGGAGAAGUGUCUGGAAGCUGGCCAGUCAAUCGAUGACCUGAUGCCUGAGCAGAAGUGAACACUGCUUUAUGACCCAAUCAUAAUCCCAAAUUGACUCCUCCUCCUGCCUUCAGCAGCUCUCCUUUCCUCCAAACCAGUAAUGUUAAUCACAUCAAGGAGCUCACUCUGCCCAUGUUAGUGACACUAAAAGUUAGACGAGUCUUCCAUCAGUCCGAAGGAUUUUGUACCUCCAGCGUCUUGAGGAUGGCUCUUUAACACCUGAAAUAAAGUCUCUUUGGCCCAUGGAA